AUGGCCCGGCAUGGCAUAUUGGAAGAGGGUAUAGAGCGGGCUCCAUCACCUCCAAAAUUUGUUAAAGAGUCUGUUGAUGAAUUAGUGUUUCAAGUAGCUUCAAUUAAUAAUCAAAAUGAAAAAGACUAUCCUUUUAUAAUUGACUGUGAAGCAGAAGCAGAACCAGCUCCUAAGUAUACAUGGAUAAAAAAUGGUAAAAAAAUUGAUUGGCAAGACUAUAAUAAGAGAAUAAUCUUACAACCAGGACAAGGUUCACUUAUAAUUACUAAACCUAGUGAUGAAGAUCUCGGUCAGUAUCAGUGUUUUGCUGAAAAUUUAUGGGGUAUAGCUACUUCUAAAUCUGUGAGAGUUUUGAAAGCUGAAUUGAAUGAAUUUAAAAAUCAAUCUAUAUUAUGUAUUGAAGCUCAAGAAGGUGAGCCAUUUAAACUUGCUUGCCAUCCUCCUACUGGAUGGCCCAAACCUAAAGUAUAUUGGCUUAUACAGAAUUCAAAUGGUGGUAUUCAAAUUGAAAUAACAAAAUUUUUACCUAAUGUUAAACAUUAUGUGCGUAUUCUUGCAUACAAUAGUCGUUUCCAUGGACCGCAUAGUCAAAUAGUAUCUUUUGUUACACCUGAAGGAGUCCCUGGUAUUGUUAGUGGAGUUGAAGCUCAACAAUUGGGUUCAUCUGCAAUUUUAUUAUCAUGGCAGCCUCCAGUUCAAUCUAAUGGUGCAUUAACAGAUCCCCAACAGACUUAUACUAAAUUGGCAUCAUUAAUACCAGCAACUAAUUAUCGAAUAUAUAUUAAAGCAAUUACAAAAGCUGGUGUUGGUGAAGCUUAUUUCGUUAAACAGCAAACCAAACCUCAUUUACCAAAAGUAACUCAAUUAGAUAAGCCUAAAUUUACUUAUAUUCUUAAACCUUAUAGUAAUGCUUUAAAUACUGUUCGGAUUUUAUGGAUACCUAAACUUGAUGGCAAUCCAGGAUCACAUUUCUUUGUGAAAUACAAGAUUAAAGGUGAUCAUUUAUAUGAGAAAACUGAUCCAGAAUUUGAGAAAAACUACAUUGAUGUAAAAGGUUUGAAAUCUGUUGAAGUAUAUGAAUUUAUUGUGGUUGCUGUAGAUGGUGAUAUUAUGAAAGAUUCAGACGUAGUUGAAAUUCUACUAUCAAAUACUGAUAGAUUUAUUAGAAUUGAAAAGAUGGCUACUUUAGAAUGGCUUUUUGUAAUGCUGCUUGUAUUAUUUUUUAUAAUUGUAUCAGUUAUUGUAGUCUGUGUAGUAAAACAUAGUAGAGAAGGAAAAUAUGUAGUACAUGAAUCAGAAGCUGCUCGUGGUAGACAUGAUAAUCCAGAAGGACCUCAUUUUUAUGAGUACUCACAACAUGUUAGUGGUUCAAAAAUAUUAGACAUUGAAAAAAAGUGCCCAGAAAGUGAUUUAGACUCUGUGGCAGAGUAUGGCGAAGUUGACACAGAAGGAAUGAAUGAAGACGGUUCUUUCAUUGGUCUUUAUGGUAAAAAUAAACAAAGUGAAAUAUCUUCUACUGAAUAUGCAACAUUUAUCUAAAUUUGUAAGUACACAAUCACAAAAGUAAAUAAAUAGUUGAAAAAAAUAUUUGUUAUUUUUUUGAUUAAAUGACUCAAUUAUUUAA